UCCAUCACAUGAUAUCUGAGAAUACAGGCUCUGAUCUCUUUGCUAGAACAGAUGUGCUUGGUCAGGAGAGGUAGAUUCCUUUCUCCAUGGAAAAAAACAUCACUUUUAGCUUUUUACUCCUCUUUUUAUGUGGAGGAUUUUCAGUCUCUGUGGACCAAAUGUUUGUAAGACUGGAUGGAAGUUCACAUGCAUUUUCAGACCAAGAGCUGCCCCAAAGAAAUGACCGACGUUAUGAGGGUGGUGUGAAGCCAAAACAUAACUUAAAACAAGUAGCAAUUACACAGGUGGUCAGUUACAACUUGAGCAGAAAAGGACAAUCCGAAAGAGACUCUUGGAGGACAUUGCCGCACAGCCCUGUGAAUGUCACCGUUAAUGGAAUUCCCUGCAUUCUUUUCUGGGCCAGGAGAAUAAUGAUUAAAUUUAAAAAUCACACAAAGCUGGACUUGACAGAGAAGACAUUUGGCGUUCAUGCAACCGUGGAUGUUGGAGAUUCCAACUGCAGUGAAGACAGUGCAAUGCUUUCACUUAAGUUUGGUGACAUGGACAACCUCAAGGGGCUUGUUAUUAGAUUUUUAUUGACAAGCAGUUAUUACAAGCUGUCUGUUCAGAACUGGUUUAGUUUAUACAGAAUACAGCUGCUUUACAACCAUUCUGUGCAAGCGACAUUUAAUGCAACCAGAAUAUAUGCUCCAGCAAGUUAUUCCUAUCACUGUGAACAUGUGAGCAGCUUGCAGAGGUAUGAUGCACUCCUGAUUCCCAGCUCCGCAAAUGAUGUGUCCAGGCUCUGGGAAGUCACUUUUAUCGAUUUCCAGAUUCAAGGCUUUAACAUUGAAGGAGGACAGUUUGCUUAUGCCAAAGAUUGUGCAUCCUUUUUCUCACCAGCAAUUUUGAUGGGCUUGAUUAUGUCACUGAUUCUGCUUCUAGUCCUGGCCUAUGCUCUCCAUAUGUUGAUCCACCUGAAGUCUCUUGAUAGCCAUUGUGAAUGCAAAGCCUCUCCUGCCUAUUUUGUACAAGUGAAAGACAGUGACAUGGCAGAUGAAAAAGAACCACUGAGAAGCAAUGGAAAUGAGUCCUAUGAACUUAGAAGUCAACAGUUCUGUAAAGUCUAUAUUUAGAAGAGUGUUGUUUGUCUCAUUCAGGCUAUUGGUAUUUUCUUUCAGCAAUUCUGUCCUGUUUAGUUGUACAGUAGCUAAAAGUAUUCACCAAAUGAUUUAUUUGAUCAAAGAAAAAAUAUAAUCAGACUGCUUGUUUA